AUGGCUGCAGCGGAAGAAGGGGCCGGCUGUUUUCUCCCGAGAGGCAGGUCCCAGAGUGACCCCAGCAUCCUCACGGACUGCGCUGCCCCUGAAGCCGGAGAGUCCCCAGAUGAGAUGGAGCAGUCCCCUGCAAUGCAUUCUGAAUAUCUGGUCUCAGGGAUUAGAACUCCGCCUGUGAGAAGGAACAGCAAGCUAGCAACGUUGGGCAGGAUCUUCAAACCAUGGAAGUGGAGGAAAAAGAAAAACGAGAAACUAAAGCAAACCUCAGCAGUGUUAGAGAAGAAGAUUACUGCAAGGCCAGGUCGGGAUGAACUCAUUAAGAAAGGUCUUCUGGAGAUGAUGGAACAAGAUGCUGGAGGCAAAGCAUGCGCUGCUGAUGGUGCCACCAGAUCAAUGCAGAGUGACCCUUCAUCCCCCGUAUGCCAGGCACUUACCUCAGAAGAGAUGCAGCAGGAAAGUACAGCAGCAACAACAAAUGCAACCUCACUUAGCGAGGAGCUGCACUCAGAGGAGCUGAAAGACAAUGCAGCCAAGAAACCUUCAUUGUCCACUGAAGAACUAGAAGAUGCCUGCCUGCCAGUAACCGAAGAGACUCCACAAGCCUUACUUAUUUCUGAAUCCACAGAUUCCCCACAGAAGCCAAUGGAAAGAAACCUAGCACAGCUCCCCAGCCCCCCUUCACUUCCAAUUCCACCACCUAAGGCAAUCUCCAAAAUCAAGAGUGUAACAGGACAAGCUGCCCUCUUCCAUCCAUCAGGCCAGAAAGGCUCCGAUCCCCAUGUCAGAGGACAGCUACCAACGCCGACCGGUUCCCCUCAUCCCGCUGCUGUCCACCUGCCUUUACCUCCCAGCAGAGUCAUUGAGGAGCUCCACAGGGCUCUGGCCACCAAACAUCGGCAGGAUAGCUUUCACGGCAGAGAAAGCAAAGGGUCUCCCAAAAAAAGAGUGGAUGUCCGUCCAUUCAGAACAUCUAGCAUCGAGGGCAGCAAAGAAAAGGAGAACGCACUGAGCCACAGUAAUGAUCCGGAGAACAAGCGAAACUCAGUCAAAGAGUCAGAUGAGAACAAAGAAAACCUGAUCAUGAACUCAGAACUCAAGGACAACUUGGUUUUUUAUCAGGAUGAAGAGGUGUUGAAUGACUCCAUCAUUUCUGGUACCUUGCCAAGAAAAUGCAAGAAAGAGCUGCUGGCAGUAAAGCUGCGGAACAGGCCAAGUAAGCAGGAACUGGAAGACAGGAACAUUUUCCCAAGGAGGACGGAUGAGGAACGCCAGGAAAUCCGGCAGCAAAUCGAAAUGAAACUUUCAAAGCGCCUGAGCCAAAGACCUGCUGUCGAGGAGCUCGAAAGAAGGAAUAUACUUAAACAAAGAAAUGAUCAAACAGAGCAGGAAGAAAGAAGGGAAAUCAAGCAGAGGCUGACGAGAAAGCUCAAUCAGAGACCUACAGUCGAUGAACUAAGAGACAGAAAAAUUUUAAUUCGAUUCAGCGAUUAUGUAGAGGUGGCAAAAGCACAGGACUACGACAGACGAGCAGACAAACCCUGGACAAGACUAUCAGCAGCUGAUAAGGCAGCAAUUCGUAAAGAGCUAAAUGAAUACAAAAGUAAUGAAAUGGAGGUACAUGCAUCAAGCAAGCAUUUGACAAGAUUUCACAGGCCAUAGAGAUUUUCUUCUGAGAAGAAUUUGUCUUUACUUUCGAUACUGCUGCUGAACACACAUCAGGGAACGUAUAAAGGUCUUUCCCUGAAGUUCAGUUCACGAUAACCUGACGUGUGUGUGAGAGAAGGACUGUGCAGGUGAAAUCUCUGCAGCUCGUACACACAGGAGCUACCUACCAGAGGACGUACUUCGCUCUUUGAUGCCUGAAGAGCGAUGGCCUGUGGGGUGGGAGGAUCAGCUGAAAACGAAUGAAGUAAAGCUACUGGAAGGAACUUACUGCUCUCCUUUAACACUUGUUUUAAACUGUUUUGCAGCAUAUCUUGGAAAAGGAGAUGUUGUGCAUGUACAGGCUUUACCAUUCCAGGGCCUCUGACAUAAUGGACAUGACGCACUGUCAUUCAGUAUUAUGUUGACAAGACAUUUUGAACUAAUCACAAUUAGUUUGUAAAACACUUACGUUCAU